AUGGAAGAGGCCAGGGACCACGACGAUGGGCCCAAACAAGACCCAGAGUCUGGGGAGGAGUCGACGGAGAUUUGCAGAUUGAUCUCCCUGGUCUGGUUCUUCGGGGGCCUCUGCACGGUGAUUCAGUGUCACAGCUUAGCCAAGCUCAUCGCGGCCUUCAUCUGCGAAGAUGCCGUCUGGAACUUUCCCAACCAGUGCGUGCAGGUUGACUGA